GAAAAAGAAAGUAGUAUAAAGUUUGAAGUGUUUCAGCUUCGCUAUCAAAAACUGAAAAACUAGUGUAAUUAUAUAAAUAUAUAUAUAUAUAUAUAUAUGUAUUAUUUAUUUGAAUUUUGUUAGUUUUGUUAGGAAUUUUCUAGUUAAUCUAAAUUUGGUGGAAAAAAAAAAGUGCUAAUUUUAGCAAAUUUUUUGGGAGGCAAACCAGCUAAAGGUGACGGUGGAAGAAAGAAUUUGGUGGUGGUGUUUGGUUUCCGAGAAAGUAAACAUCAUUCAGGAAUCAGAUUCUGUUUUCUUUUUUUUUGUUAUAAUUAAAGGGAGAGAGAGAGAGAGAUUGAUAAUUCGUGACGAAUUUGGGAUUCAAUCUGAGGAAGAAUGACAACAGAGGCGGUUUUUAAGGUAAACGAAGCGACGUCGUCGUCGCAGGCGGCGUUGAUUCUGACUUCGGGAGCCAGCGGGAGGCUAAACGCGCUGUUAUCGCUGCGAGCGUGGAGGAGCUUGAUGAUCCUCAUCAACGCGUUCGUUUUGAUAUUGUUGUUGCCUUUCCGUGGAAGAAAACGAACGGUGUCGUCGAUAACGUCUUCUUCGGCGACUGCGGAGAAGCCGACGAAGGAUGAGAAGCAGGAGAGCGGUGGGAGCCACCGGAAAGGAGGAGCGGUGGUGAGAGUUCCGGCGACGAUCUUGCCGUGGAAGAGCACUGCGUCGGCGACGGUGGAUCCGGAAGUGGCGACCAGAAGAUCGUUGUCCAUACGGCAUGUCAUUCGCGAUGAUGAUGAGAAUUCAUCGAGGGAGUAUUCCUUUUUCGUUACGUCCAGGGGUGAUACCGUCUUUACGCAAUCUUGGACUCCAGUUUCUAUCAAGAUCAGGGGGCUUGUCGUUCUUAUGCAUGGACUGAAUGAGCACAGUGGCAGAUACAAUGAUUUUGCGAAGCAGCUGAAUGCCAAUGGUUAUAAGGUUUAUGCAAUGGAUUGGACUGGUCAUGGUGGGACUGAUGGGCUUCAUGGAUAUGUUCAUUCUCUCGAUUAUGCUGUUACCGAUUUGAAAUCAUUUCUUAAGAAGGUUUUAAUGGAAAAUCCUGGACAGAGAUGUUUCUGCUUUGGACACUCCACUGGUGCGGCCAUUGUUCUUAAGGCAAUGCUCGAUCCAAAAGUUGAAACCAGUGUAGCAGGAGUGGUGCUGACGUCGCCAGCUGUGGGAGUUCAGCCAUCCCAUCCAAUUUUUGUGGUUCUUGCUCCAAUUGUUUCAUUUUUGCUGCCAAAAUACCAAAUUAGUGCAGCAUAUAAAAAGGGCUUGCCAGUUUGCCGGGAUCCAGAGGCUCUUUUCACCAAGUAUUCAGAUCCAUUGGUAUAUACAGGACCUCUCCGAGUACGAACCGGUUAUGAGAUUCUCCGAAUCUCAACCUUCUUGCAGCAGAAUCUGAGAAAAUUGAGAGUUCCCUUUUUUGUUCUUCAUGGCACUGCUGAUAAUGUUACGGACCCUGAGGGUUCUCAAAAAUUAUAUGCAGAAGCCGCCUCGACUGACAAAACCAUCAAAUUGUUUGAUGGCUUCUUGCAUGAUCUACUUUUUGAACCCGAACGAGAUGAUAUUAUGCAGGAUAUUAUUGAAUGGAUGAAUCAAAGACUGUGAUGGAUGCAACAAACUGUAUUCAGAAAGAAAAAAACAUUGUGAAGCCCUACAACCAACGAAAAGAAAUGGAUAACAAAAUUUAUUUGGUUGGCGUUUAUAUGGUCACGCUAGAGGCUUCGCAAUUAAGAACAAGAAGAAAUUGUUUGGCUGAAUAAAACUCAGCAUGUUAUGUUGAAAACAUGGGAACUAUUUCUUUUUAAUUUAAAAACACAACCUGGAGUUUUAAGGAUCAA